AUGGCUUGUGGGAAGGUGGUGAGAGAUCAAUGGUGCUAUAGUUUGGAGGAGCUGGUGGAGAUGGACAGGAAUGGAGAACACAAUAAGAGAGAUGAGUGGGUUAGGAAUCCUCCAGACCUUCCGAGUCCUUGGCUUCAAUUGUGGAACAUAGCUAAGCACACUUGUGUGCCUUCUCGUGCCAAUCACAAGUCUCUCUUCAAACAUCUUCUCUCCCUGGUUUACCACUUCUUUCCCAUUUUGGACUCUCUCAGACACUAUAAUGCCUCCAAGUUUAAGAACGACUUAUUAGCUGGUCUUACUCUUGCUAGCCUCACCAUUCCCCAGAGUAUGGGAUAUGCAACUAUGGCAGAGCUUAAUCCUAAAUAUGGACUGUAUACAAGCAUUAUCCCACCGAUCAUAUUUUCUUUACUCACAAGCUCAAGGGAAAUAGUGAUCGGUCCUGUAUCUGUGGAUUCAGUGCUUCUUUCCACAAUGAUUAGAAAAUUGAAAGAUCCUCAUCAAGAUUCUGCUGCUUACACCCGACUCGUCUUCACUGCAACUUUCUUUACUGGCAUCUUUCAGGUUUCCUUUGGACUCUUCAGGUUAGGGUUUCUGGUUGAUUAUUUUUCCCAUGCAACGAUUGUGGGGUUCUUGGCUGGAGCUGCUGUUAUCAUUGGCUUACAGCAAAUGAAAGGACUACUUGGCAUCAAGAACUUCACAAACAAAACUGAUGUAAUUUCUGUCACGAAAGCUGUUUGGACAUCUGUGCGUGACCAAUGGAAUUAUUCUAGUUUAAUUCUUGGGAGCUCAUUUCUGGCUUUCAUUCUGAUCACCAGAUUUCUGGGAAGAAGGCACAAGAAAAUCUUCUGGCUGUCCACAUUCGCUCCUCUACUCUCAGUCAUUGUGUCGUGUCUGAUUGUAUUCAGAAUUAAUGCUGAUCAUCAAGAUAAAGUAGAGGUCCUGGGAAAAAUCGAUGGAAGUAGCUUCAACCCUAGUUCAUUAUACCAGUUAAACUUUGAUUCCAAGCUCAUUGCAAGUUUGGUCAAGAUUGGCUUUAUUGUUGCCAUAAUUUCACUAACGGAAGCUAUUGCAGUUGGUCGAUCUUUUGCAGCCUUAAGAGGAUACAAUCUUGAUCCCAACAAAGAAAUGGUAUCAUUAGGCCUAAUCAACAUUGUUGGAUCUUUCACUUCUUGCUAUGUUGCCACGGGUUCAUUUUCACGUACUGCUGUGAACUAUAGUUGUGGCGCGGAAACAAUGGUUUCGAACAUAGUGAUGGCUCUCACAGUGAUGUUUUCACUGAAACAUUUGAAAAUGUGGCUGCGUUCAACUCCAACAGCAGUGCUAGCUUCAAUGAUUCUUUCAGCUUUACCAGGAAUCAUUGACGUCAAGAAAGCUAUGCACAUAUGGAAGGUUGAUAAGAUCGAUUUCUUGGCUUGUGCUGCAGCCUUUUUCGGCAUCGUGUUUUUCUCUGUCGAAAUUGGUCUUCUCACUGCGGUUAUCAUAUCAUUUGCAAAAAUAAUCCUAAUAUCCAUUCAACCUGGGAUAGCAAUUGUUGGAAGGCUUCCAGGAACUGAUGAGUUUUGUGAUGCUGAACAAUAUCCAAUGGCGGUCAAGAUUCCAGGAGUGUUAAUAGUUCGUGUCAAAUCUGCUUGUCUUUGUUUUGCAAAUUCUAAUCUUGUUAAGGAAAGGAUUGUGAGACGAAUAAUUAAUGAUGGUGGUGUGGAAGAUCCCACGGCACAAAGCACCUUCAAAUAUGUUGUCCUUGACAUGUCAAGUCUGAUGAAUAUUGACACAGCGGGGAUUGCUUCACUGGAGGAGCUACAUAUCAGUCUGGCUUCCAAUGGGCUGCGGUUGGCCAUAGCCAAUCCUAGGUGGCAAGUGAUUCACAAGCUGAGAAUAGCCAAGUUUGUGAGCAAAAUUGGAGAAAGGGUUUUUCUGUCUGUAGGAGAGGCUGUUGAAGCAUGUCUUACCGCCAAAAUGGCUCCCAUGUAUCCAUGA